AUGGUGCUCCGAAAGAAAGAGGUAUACACGGUUAUAACCCCCAUCCCAGGUUUCAUCCCCCGACAGCUGGCGAUCGACAUCCUCCACAGCCACGGUGAGGUCAUAACAGUCAACCCGCUUGUCCUCGGUCACAAGCCGAUCCCGGCGCCUCGGGAUGCCCCAAGCGAUGAAUUCUACUCGACCUGGUAUGAAAUCACCGAGCGAUUACAGUUCAUCCCAGGUAUAGGAAGGCUGGGCUCCAGCGUCGUCCAUUUCAAUGGAGUUUUCCAUGAUUUACCCUGGGGUUUGCAGACCCACAUCUAUGCGCCCGCCAAUGUCGACCUCCGGAACAAGUAUCGCAUUGGCGGGAACCAACCGGGCGUCGAGCCUCCAGAGCAGCACGAGAUUGGGCUAGGCAAGCUCAACGUGCCCAAGGACGGGCUCUAUUUGCGGGAGGACAUUGAGAUCAGAUGCAACUUCACCAUGGUCAGUUUUGUGAAGUCGCAAAUGAAGGCUGCGAGCAAGGAGAUGGUUGACCGCAUCAUCAAGAAGGCAGAGCUGCUUGAUACUGGUGUCUUGACGGCCAUGAUUGAGAAUGGCAAACUCAAGACUCAAAACCCCAACGACAGGUCUCGGUACACUGGCGGACUAGCAAAUGCGUCCCCGCCGGCCUCGCCAUCGGGCAUGAGCCCGUACCCUCAAAAUCCAGGAAUGCAACCGCCCAUGUCGCCAAAUAUGCCAUACGAGAUCCCGCGACCGGUUUCUUAUCAAGUACCGCCAUCAGCACAACAACACCAACAUUACAAUAGGCCUGGAUCAUCAGCCUCACAUCGAUCUGGCUACCAAUACAAUAAACCUGCGGGUCAGCUCCAAGCCGCUGAGCUUCCUGCGCAAUCCCAGCAAGCAUCUGCUCCAUUUGUCAUGGAACUCCCAGGUGAUACGUACCACCCGCAGAGGUCUCCGAGCCUGCAACCACCACAGCCGUCACCGGGUAUCCAGCACAGUCCUGGUUUACAAAGCUCUAGGCCAACAUCAUACUCGUCCGAAACUGGUAGCAAUGCAUAUGCAUCACCUGGUCUUGAGCACAAGGGGUUUGCGACAGAGCUUGCCACGCACAGGGAGACGCGUGAAGAGCACAGCUCUGCAAAUCCACCAAAGUUGCCACCAAAGCAGCAGGUUUUCGCGCCUUACAAUCCCGCCGAUUAUGUAAGGACGGGCCGUUGA